AUGUUCGGCCUCUCUCGACGCAUGUUCUCGACGACGGCGCGCGUCGCCAACCAGAUCGCCCAGUCGCCGGCGCACGUCACCCCCGACGUCCUCCCGCCAGUGCUCGUCCGCCUGAUUCAGCGCAGCAUUGCCGGCCGCGAGGACGCCAAGUCGAUUGACCUCCCGAAUCCCUUCCUUCCCUCGAAGCCGAACGGCUCGUGGUGCCCGGCAUGGAUCCCGCGCCGCCGACAGAAGCAGCUGCUGCAGCUGUACCCUGCUCACCUCCUUCCGCCGUCGCCCAUCAACCCCGUUGAGCCUGUGCCCGUGCAGUGGCCGUCUGGAACGGUCAUCAACUGGGUCGGCGAGUACAAGCCCAAGGAGUACAAGUCGAUUUACGCCAACCGUCGCCAGCUCUUCAAGGGCCACAAGCGCGAGCGGGAACGUGCCGAGCGCAAGGCCGAGGUCGACGGCCGUCUCGAGACUAUGGACGCGAGGAUCGCCGAGUGGAAGGCGGAGGUCGCCGAGAACAAGGCCAACUCGAGGUCGACGCUUCCGUUCUAA